GAACGAUCUCACGCGCAACACAAGAGAGAGCGAAUAGAACCGACAUCCGUAGCUGGUUUGCUAGACUAGAGCGGCGCCAUGGCCAAGGGCUCAGGCACUGCCGCCUCUCUCCUGCUCUGCCUCGCGCUGGCGGCGCACACCGUCGUGGCUGCCAGGACCAUGCCCGCUGCAGCUGGCGGCGUGGCGGAGGCCUCACUUCCGGCCGCCGCCGCCACGGAGAAGGGCGCCGGCGCAGGAGGAGCGGGCGCAGCCGACGAGAAGAACCUGUUCGUGGGCGUGGGAGGCAUGGGGGACCUUCCGGGCUUCCCCGCCGUCGGCGGGGGCUACGGCGGUGGCUUCGGCAACAACGGAGCCGGCGUCUUCACCGGCGUCACCGGUCCGCUCGGCGGCGUCGGGGGCGGCGUGGGGAGCGUCGGCCCGGUCGGUGGCGUCGGGGGAGCCGGCGGCAUCCCUUUCGGAGGCUUCGGGGGUGGCAGCGCCCCGUUCGGCGGGAUCCGAGGCGGCUACGGCGGCGGAGGCGCCGGCGGCGCCACGCCUUGAGUACGUCGCAGUGGUCGAGCUAGCAUGGGCGCUCUGGGCUAUGCAUACAUGUACGUGACCAGACGCCUCGUUGGUGCAUGGUGGAUCGCGCUAGCUUUGACUGUGUAUUUCCUUGUACCUAGGGUGUUGCCGUAUCAUGGCGCAAGGUAUAUGCGCAGUACUAGUACUACUUAGUUCGCAGGUGCGUGUACGAGAAGUAGGUGAUCCGAUGCGAGAAGUUGGAGAGUGUGUGUGUGUGUGUGGCCAGUCAGGGUUUGUGAGGGUUGUGUGGUUGUGUUUGGUCAUUUGAACUACCUGUGUAUCCGACUAGCUAGCUGCUGCUAAUGGUAUGUAGUACUAUGUAUGAUUCUCGUGGUGUUCUCAA